UGUGGCUUGGUGGAGGCUCUGCGGUGCUGGAGCCCUGCCUGGCACCAGCUGCUCCUGCUGGUGCUGCCAAGCCAAGGGUGGCACCGGCGUAAUUCUGUUACGGCGAUUAGAAGCGGACAAACGCUCUUCUAGUUAGACUUUCCUGGGCAGCAGAGAAGGGGUGGCAGAGGAUGCGGUGUGGGAGAUGAGCGGCACCAAGGAUGACGGCCGCUGUCAGAGGGCAGUGCGCAUCGUCGCCGAGCUGUGCCGCAAGAAAAGCCUGCCUAGUCUGGACCUGGACUCCUGCCGGGAAUUCCUCCUGCUGCCCUCAGACCAGAGCCUGAGCAUCUCGGAGCCAGAGCUCUCCGUCAGCCUCCUUGUGCUGGUAGUUGUUGUGUGUGGACUCGCCCUGGUGGCAGUUUUUCUCUUUCUCUUUUGGAAGCUGUGCUGGGUUCCCUGGAGGAACAAGGCCAUUUCUCCUAACCUGGCCGUCUUGCAGAGCGAGGCAGACUACAGUAAGGAGAGUAUGGCAGACAAGCUCAAGGACACAGGCACCAUAAGUUUCUUGGAGGCCGCUGUAAAGAUCAGCCACACAUCCCCAGACAUCCCAGCCGAGGUCCAGCUGUCCAUGAAGGACCACAUCAUGCGGCGUACACGGAUACAGCGGCAAACAACGGAGCCCGCCUCUUCCACCAGGCACAUCUCCUUCAAGAGGCACCUUCCUCGGCAAAUGCAUGUGUCCAGCGUGGACUAUGGUACAGAUGUGCCUGCUGUGGCAGAGCAGUCAACCAGCAUCGGUCGCAUUAAACCUGAACUCUAUAAGCAAAAGUCUGUGGACUCUGAGGACCCCAAAAAAGAGGCAGCAAAAACCUGUGGGAAAAUUAACUUCACUCUCAAGUAUGACUACGAGAAUGAGACGCUGACUGUCCGAAUUCUCAGGGCUUUUGAUCUGCCAGCCAAAGAUUUCUGUGGCAGCUCAGAUCCCUACGUGAAGAUCUACCUCCUGCCCGACAGAAAGCGCAAGUUCCAGACGCGUGUCCACAGGAAGACUCUGAACCCCACCUUUGAUGAGUCCUUCCACUUCCCCGUGCCCCACGAGGAGCUGGCUAGCAGGAAGCUCCACCUGAGUGUCUUUGACUUUGAUCGGUUCUCCAGGCACGACAUGAUCGGAGAAGUUAUCUUGGAGAACCUGUUUGAGGCCUCCGAUCUGUCCCGGGAGACAACCAUCUGGAAGGACAUUCAGUACGCCACAACCGAGAGCGUGGACCUGGGAGAGAUCAUGUUUUCCCUUUGUUAUUUGCCAACUGCCGGUCGGCUCACCUUAACAGUCAUUAAGUGCAGAAAUCUCAAAGCGAUGGAUAUCACCGGUUACUCAGAUCCAUAUGUCAAAGUGUCUUUGCUCUGUGACGGGCGAAGACUGAAGAAGAAGAAAACCAGCAUAAAGAAAAACACGCUAAAUCCCACCUACAAUGAAGCAAUAAUCUUUGACAUCCCCCCGGAGAACAUGGAUCAAGUCAGUCUGCUUAUAUCCGUCAUGGACUACGAUCGCGUGGGCCACAACGAGGUCAUCGGGGUUUGCCGCACGGGGGUCGCCGCCGAGGGGCUGGGCCGGGACCACUGGAACGAGAUGCUGGCCUACCCGCGCAAGCCCAUCGCCCACUGGCACCCGCUGGUGGAGGUGAAGAAGUCCUUCAAGGAGGUGCGUGGGGCUGGUUUUUUCCUUUUGGCGCAGGCACUGUGCGUGGCCGAGCUGGUUCAAGGCUUCCGGAGAGCUCUGCUCUCGCCUGGGCGCUUCUGACCAGAGCUGGGGGAAAUUUCUCGCCAGACAUGAACUCCGGAGAGCGAGCAUCUCCGUGCGGUCUGAAAUAGCUCCUUGUGCCUGAGAGCAAGAACGAAAGCGAUCACAUCUGCAGAUCUGAUUGUUGCUGUAGCUUUCUUCUUCUUCUUCUUCUUCUUUUAACUAGAGAUCGAGAGCGGCAACGCUGUUCUGAUUGCAGAAAAAAAUUGUCCAGGGUAUCAUGUAUUUCAAGUUUUAAUUUUUUCGUCCUAAAAGAUUUUUCUGUUGACUCAUCACCAGGCCUUUGAGGGCGAAUAAAUAGAACGAACAUAAUUGCUCCAAGCAUCUCCCGAGAGAGAGAUUCUCCCGAGGCAGCUGCAGAUGAUAAAAUGGGUCUGAAGUGCCUGGGUAACAGUUCGACCGUCUCUAGCAUUUUCUUUCUCCAUUUCCUCACACUUCUAGACAAUUGUUUGCCUUUUGCCUGGCUCAGGUGAUAAAUUCUGAAGGAAAGAGAUAUGGACAAUGACACUCACGUUAUUGACAUUUCUGAUAUAACAAUAAAGCCAGCAUUUGUGCCUAGGAGUGGUAGUAUAAAAAAGGUAAACAGAAGCCGAAUUAAGACACAACAGAGAACAUCUUCAAAUAAUGGAAAUCUGAAAAUUCAUAUUUGCCUGUAUGAGCCCCAUCAUGUUCUCAUAUUGCACCAUCGUAAAUCUGGAAUAUCCACCCAGAAUCGGUUCUUAUAUACUUCCUCUGUAAGAGUAUAUAUAUAUUUAUGUAAGGACAUAAUUAUUCAUGAUGAAAUUCAGAG